CUUACGUGCGGGCCAUUGAAAUAUAAUAAUAAUCCACGGAACAAACCGCCAUCCAUGUCUCUCCUCCGUCUGCUCCCCAGGGCUUCCCUCGCCGUCCGCCAACCCGUCCUCCUGGGCCCUCUCCGCACCACGCGUGCCCUUUCCGAAUCUGAAAUCCUCACAACCAUUAAAAACGAUCUCAAAGACUCCCUGCGUGCCAAAGACAAACCCCGUCUCUCAGUUCUGCGUAAUCUCCUCGCCUCCAUAACCAAUGCGUCCAAAACCCCCAAGCCCGUAGCUAACGACUCCGCCUUCUACGCAUUAUUGCAAAAUACCAUCAAAACUUCCCAGGCCGCCAUCGAAGAUUUUCAGAAAGCGAAACGAGACGACUUGGUCGACAAGGAACAGGUUCAGGUUGCCGUGCUAGAAGAAUAUGUCAAAACUAUUGACGUUGUGGGAGAGGAGGAGAUAGACAAGAUCAUUGCAACAGCGACGGAGGAGCUCAAAGCAGGCCAGAAACCCCUCGCGCAGGGACCAUUGACCGGACUGGUUUUCGCGCAGCUUAAAAACCGAGCUGUAGAUGCGCAAGCAGUAAGCAGGAAGAUCAAGGCUGCUCUGGAGUGA